CUUUUUCCUGCCCAAGCUGAUUAGCUCUGCAUCUCCGUUUCUUUGUCCAGUCAUGGCAGCCGAACUCAAGGCUGAGAUCGAAGGAUUGGUGGCAAAGAUCUCCGACAAGGCUGCAGGGCAGUCCGCUCUUGAGAGCUUGGCCAAGAUUGCGGAGGAGAAGGGUCGUCCAGCCGAACCCUUUCUGGUGGCCGCCUUCCCAAAGAUUUUGGAGGCCUCGAAUGAUAAGUCCAAGAACGUGAAGGAUGCGGCGGUGGUCACCAGCAAGACCAUCAUGGGCAUGGUCUCCCCCUUUGCGGUGGAGAUGCUGUUGCCCGCCUUCCUCAACGGCUUGGCCGUGAAGGCCAAGCCACCACAGAAGGAGGCCACGCUGCAGAUCAUUUCCGCGUUGGCGGCCAAGGCGCCACGUGCCGUGGGCUACUUGCUGGUGAAUUUGGUGAGUCCUGUGGCCGACCUUACCUGUGACAUCAAGAAGGAGGUGAAGCAAGCGGCCUUGGAGUGCAUGACAGCCAUUUGCAACUGCACAGGCAAUAAGGAUCUGGAGCCGUUCCUUCCCGCCGUGGUGGAUGCGGCUUCCUCCAUCGACAAGACGCACAAUUGUGUUGAGAAGCUGGCUGGGUGCAUCUUUGUGCAGAACGUCGAGGCCCCAGCCCUGGCUGUGACGGUGCCUGUCUUAACCCGCGGCUUGAACGACAAGAACGAGGAGGUGAAGCGCACCUGCUGUCAGAUUGUGGACAAUAUGUGCAAACUGGUGGAGGAUCCUGCUGAGGUGCUUCCCUUGAUGCCCAAGUUGGAGCCCUUGGUGAAGAAUGCCACUGAGAAGAUUUCCGACCCCGAGGCCCGAGGUGUGGCCGAGAAGGCCUACAAGACCUUGCAGAAGGCCGCAGGUGAAGGGGCCCAGUCCCUGCAACAGGUGUCCAUGGAAUCGGCCAAGAAGCAGGUGGAGGCGGCCCUUGGAGAUAAGAAGGGCUCUGGCGACGUCUAUGAUGCCGAGCUGAGCCACGUGUCUGCCUUGGCGGCCUGUGCGGCGAACAUGCGGGUCUUCGAGGAAAGCGCAUGGAAGAGCGAUGUGGGUUACCUGGCGCCCUUCGACCAAGUCACCGAGGAGCUGAGGGCCAAGAUGGAGAUUGCGGCGAAGCCCAAGGAGGAAGUGGAGGAGGAAGACACUGAGGGCGUUGACCUCUACAAGGGUGCUUUCUCACUGGCGUAUGGUACCUUGACCCUGCUGCGAGAUGCCAAGAUGCACUUGAAAAGGAACCGCUUCUAUGGUUUGCUGGGACCCAACCAGUGCGGCAAGACCACGCUCAUGCGCGCCAUUGCCAAUGAGCAGCUGGAGGGCUUCCCAAAGCGUGAUGAGCUGAAGAGCGUCUUUGUGGAGCAUGAGAUCGAGGAUGAGGAGGUGGGCGUCCAAGACGAUGGCUUCCCCAUCCUCUCAGUGGACAAGCCUGGUUGGUGGUGGGUAGUCCACACCUGCAACGACAUCUACAAGUUGGAACCCCCAGUGAAGGAAGACACUGUGAAGGAAUUGAUGAAGUCGAUCGGCUUCGGAUACCCGGGUGGUCCUGACCGUGCUGCGAAUCUGGAACUGCCCGUGACCUCCUACUCAGGCGGAUGGAAGAUGAAGAUGCAGCUCUGUGCCGCACAGCUGAUGAACGCGGAUGUCUUGAUGUUGGACGAGCCCACUGGACACUUGGAUGUGGACAACAUCAAAUGGUUGGAGGAUUGGCUGGAGUCCUUCCCUGGUUCCAUCAUCUGCACGAGUCACUUCAGCCCUUUCCUGGACAAAAUGUGCACCCACAUUAUCGACUUCCAGGACCGAAAGCUGAAGACCUUCAAGGGAGUGAAGGGCACCUGCCUCACUCAGUUUGUGGAGAAGUACCCUGAAAAGAAAGCCUACUUCGAAAUCAGCAACGAGACCAUGAAGUUCGUCUUCCCGGAACCAGGUCCGUUGGAAGGCGUUAAGAGUCGCAGCAAGGUCAUCCUGCGCAUGAAUAACGUGAGCUUCACCUACCCCACGAAGGACAAGCCCACCAUCAUGGACGUCAGCUUGACGGUCUCGCAGGUCUCUCGCGUGGCGGUGAUCGGCGCCAACGGUGCCGGCAAGUCGACGGCCAUCAAGGUGUUGGUGGGUGAACAGCUGCCCACUGAGGGCACCAUCUGGAAGGCCCAAGGACUGCGCUUAGCCUAUGUGGCUCAGCACGCCUUCCAUCACUUGGAGAAGCACAUGCAGGAGACGCCCACAGCCUACAUCAUGUGGCGCUUCGCGGGCAACGACGACCGCGAGUCACUGGAGUUCAAGACCGAUGAGCUCUCCGUGGAUGAGGAAAAGGCGCGGUCUGCCAAGUGGUGCAUCGACAGCGUGACGGGCAACGUGCGCCGCUGCACCGAUCCCAAGGAGGACGCCAAGAAGGCCAAGCAGGACGAGGCCGGCGCGGUGGUUCCCGAUGCCAUCGUGAACCGACGUCAGAAGAAGAAGGAGAAGACCUUCGAAUACGAGGUGAAGUGGCAGUUCAAGAGCAUGGACCAAAACACCUGGGUGGAGAAGGACACCUUGGUGAAGAUGGGUUACCUCAAGUUGGUUCAGCGAGAAGACGAGCGUCAGGCCGCCAUGGCCGGCCUGAUGACCAAACAGCUGACCCAGCCUGGAGUCGAAAAGCACCUGGCGGACUUCGGCGUGGAUGCCGAGAGCGCCUCACACACGCAGAUCAACCAGCUGUCUGGUGGGAUGAAGGUGAAGGUGGUCCUGGCCGCCGCGAUGUGGCAGAAUCCGCACGUGCUGAUUCUGGAUGAGCCAACGAACUACUUGGACCGCGAAGGUUUGGGAGCGUUGAUCCUGGCCAUCAAGGACUACAAGGGCGGUGUGCUGAUCAUCUCCCACAACAAGGAGUUCUGCGACAACGUGGCCACCGAGAAGUGGAUCAUGAAGGGCGGCAUGUUGCGCAUCGAAGGUGAAUCGGUGGACACCUCCAAGGACGAUGCUGGCGCCUCUGCCGGACCUGAUGAGGUCUUCGAUGGUGCGGGGAACAAGAUCGAGGUCAAGAAGAGCGUGACCAUGACAGAGAAGGACAAGAAGAAGGCCAUCAAGGACAUCGAGAAGAAGAUCAAGGAUGGCAAGAAGAAGCAGACCCUGACUGAUGAGGAGGUGUGGGAGCUGGAAGACAAGCUGAAUGAGCUGAAGGAGAGCUUGAACAAGUAGAAGUCGUCGAGCUGCUGAUGCAUCACAACGGUGAGACAUUGACAGUCGGCAAAAGGGUAGCUGACCGAUAGGGUUCUGACGUUGGUUUUGCGAAGACCAAAAAACUUGACCC